UUCACCAAUCCCAAAGCCAUGGCUUCCACUUCUUCUCUCACCCUUUCUCAAGCUCUCUUGUCCCGCGAAAUCUCUCGCCAUGGCUCCAAUUCCUCCUCCGACCGUGUUCCCCUCUCUAUCCCCACAUUCUCCGGCCUCAAAUCCACCAAACCACCUCGUCUCACCGGCUCCGCCCACCGUCCCAGAGCUACCCACUACCGCCGUCAGAUCGUUAGAGCCGCCAUCGCUGAGACAUUGGGCACCACUGCAGAAACUGCCCUCGUCGAGAAGUCCAUCAAUACGAUUCGAUUCUUGGCCAUUGAUGCGGUUGAGAAAGCUAAUUCCGGUCACCCUGGUUUGCCCAUGGGGUGUGCGCCGAUGGGUCAUAUUCUUUACGAUGAGGUCAUGAAGUAUAACCCCAAAAACCCUUACUGGUUCAAUCGGGACCGGUUCAUUUUGUCCGCUGGACAUGGUUGUAUGUUGCAGUAUGCUCUGCUUCAUCUUGCUGGGUACGACAGUGUCAGGGAGGAGGACUUGAAGAGCUUCCGUCAGUGGGAAAGCCGAACGCCUGGACAUCCGGAGAACUUUGAGACUCCUGGUGUCGAGGUUACAACUGGUCCUCUUGGACAGGGAAUUGCAAAUGCUGUUGGUCUAGCCCUUGCUGAGAAACACUUGGCUGCUCGGUUUAACAAACCAGACAGUGAGAUUGUCGACCACUACACAUACGUUAUACUGGGAGAUGGCUGUCAAAUGGAGGGAAUUGCCAAUGAGGCUUGUUCUUUGGCUGGUCACUGGGGACUAGGAAAGCUUAUUGCUCUGUAUGAUGACAACCACAUUUCAAUUGAUGGAGAUACAGAGAUUGCAUUCACCGAGAGUGUUGACACUCGUUUUGAGGGUCUUGGAUGGCACGUUAUCUGGGUGAAGAAUGGAAACACUGGCUAUGAUGAAAUCCGUGCGGCAAUUCAGGAAGCUAAAGCUGUUAAAGACAAGCCUACAAUGAUCAAGGUGACAACAACCAUUGGUUUUGGAUCUCCAAACAAAGCCAAUUCAUACAGUGUGCAUGGAAGUGCCCUUGGUGCAAAAGAAGUUGAGGCUACUAGGAGCAACCUUGGAUGGCCAUAUGAACCUUUCCAUGUGCCAGAGGACGUCCAGAAGCACUGGAGUCGUCACACUCCUCUGGGUGCAGAUUUUGAAGCAGAAUGGAAUGCUAAAUUUGCUGAAUAUGAGAAGAAGUACCCGGAGGAAGCGGCUGAGUUGAAGUCUAUCAUCACUGGUGAACUACCAGCGGGCUGGGAAGAUGCACUUCCGAAAUAUACACCUGAGAGUCCAGGUGAUGCAACUAGAAAUCUGUCUCAGCAAUGCCUUAAUGCUCUCGCAAAAGUUCUUCCUGGUUUCCUUGGUGGCAGUGCUGACUUGGCAUCAUCCAACAUGACCCUUCUGAAAAUGUAUGGGGAUUUCCAAAAGAACACUCCAGAAGAACGCAAUCUUAGGUUCGGUGUCAGGGAACAUGGAAUGGGUGCCAUAUGCAAUGGGAUUGCCCUUCACAGUCCUGGGUUUAUCCCAUACUGUGCCACAUUCUUUGUUUUCACUGACUACAUGAGAGCUGCUAUGAGGAUUUCUGCCUUAUCUGAAGCUGGUGUCAUCUACGUCAUGACUCAUGAUUCAAUCGGGCUUGGAGAAGAUGGUCCAACCCAUCAGCCAAUAGAGCACCUGGCAAGCUUUAGGGCGAUGCCCAACAUAUUGAUGUUUAGGCCUGCUGAUGGUAACGAGACUGCUGGUGCUUACAAAGUUGCAGUUGUAAACAGGAAGAGACCUUCUAUUAUGGCCCUUUCGCGGCAAAAGUUGCCUCAUUUACCUGGAACUUCAAUUGAAGGAGUCGAGAAGGGUGGAUACAUUGUUUCCGACAACUCUUCAGGCAACAAGCCAGAUGUUAUCUUGAUUGGAACUGGUUCUGAAUUGGAGAUUGCUUUCCAAGCAGGAGAGGAACUCAGAAAGGAAGGAAAAGCUGUUAGAGUUGUUUCCUUUGUCUCUUGGGAGCUUUUUGAUGAUCAGUCAGAUGCCUACAAGGAAAGUGUUUUGCCAGAAGCUGUAACAGCUAGAGUCAGCAUUGAGGCCGGUUCAACAUUUGGGUGGGGAAAGAUUGUUGGAAGCAAAGGGAAGGCAAUUGGUAUCGAUCGAUUUGGCGCGAGUGCACCAGCAGGAAAAAUAUACAAGGAGUUCGGUCUCACAGUAGAGGCUGUUGUAGCAGCAGCUCGAGAACUUAGCUAGGAUCAUUGUAUCUUCCAUAUAUGGAAAUCAGCGGCCCAUGACAUGAAUUUCUUUAUUGUAAUAAACGAAGCAAAGCGUGAAUCCUUCUUGUUAAAACAAAAA